AAAAAGAAGGAGGACGAAAAAGCUAAAGAUCAGGGAAAAAAGAAAGAAGAGGACAAACCAAAAGAGGAGAAACAAGAGGAAAACGUGAAACACUUGGAGACGACAGAGAAAGAGGAGGAAAAGACAGAAGAAAAGCAGCAGAAGGAAGAAGAAAAGGGAAAGAAAAGGGAGAAGGGAAAGAACAAAGGAAAGAAGGAGGACAAAGAGGAGAACAAGCCAAGUGAGGAACAAGUGAAAGCGCCAAUUGCGGCUCCAGAGCCAGAACUAAAACUUGAGCUGGACACAGAACAGGCUGGAGAUCACCAGUCGGUAAGCAGCGCUGAGACACAGCCUGCUCCAGAGGAGCAAAAGGAAGAACUGGAGAUAAAGAAAGAGCCCAAAGUAGAAGAAGAAAUAAAGGAGGGCACAGAAAAGAAGGAGGAGUCAACAGAACAGCAGGAGGUGACCAAAGGAGAAGAAAAAACAAAAGAGAAGACAAAGAAAGAGAAACCUCCAAAACAAAAGAAGACAGAAAAGAAAGCUGAGGAGGCUAAAGGCCCCAAACGUCCAAAAGUCAUGCAAUGCAAAGUCACUUUACUGGAUGACACUCUGUUUGAGUGUGAACUUGAUAAGCAUGCUAAAGGUCAGGAGCUUUUAACUAAAGUGUGUGACCAUGUCAACCUCCUGGAGAAGGAUUACUUUGGCCUGGCGAUCUGGGAAACCCCAACCAGCAAGACAUGGUUGGAGCCCGUCAAAGAGAUCCGGAAACAGGUGUCAGGUGGCGUCUAUGAGUUUACAUUUAAUGUGAAGUUCUACCCUCCUGAUCCAGCGCAGCUUACAGAAGACCUCACCAGAUAUUUCCUGUGUCUCCAGCUCAGGAAGGACAUUCUGCUAGGUGUUCUUCCUUGCUCCUUUGUCACCCUGUCCCUGCUGGGCUCCUACACGGCCCAGUCCGAGCUGGGAGAAUAUGACCCGGAGGUUCACGGGACAGACUAUGUUAAAGAUCUGAACCUGGCACCCGGACAGAGCAAGGAGCUGGAGGAGAAAGUGAUGGAGCUGCACCGCACUUACAGGUCAAUGAGUCCAGCCCAAGCAGAUUUGCUGUUUCUGGAAAAUGCCAAGAAACUUGCAAUGUACGGAGUUGACCUGCACCAAGCCAAGGAUCUCGAUGGUGUUGACAUCACACUGGGUGUUUGCUCCAGUGGUCUGAUGGUUUACAAGGACAAGCUGAGGAUCAAUCGUUUCCCAUGGCCCAAAGUGCUUAAAAUUUCUUACAAACGGAGCAGCUUCUUUAUCAAAAUCAGAGCGUCGGAGCAAGAGCAGUAUGAGAGCACAAUUGGCUUCAAGCUGCCCAACUACAAAGCCUCAAAGAAACUUUGGAAAGUUUGCGUUGAGCAUCAUACUUUCUUCAGGGUUCCAUCAGUGGAGCCUCCAUCGUCCCGUCGUUUUCUUGUCUUGGGUUCCAAGUUCCGGUACAGCGGCCGUACUCAAGCCCAGACCCGGCAGGCGAGCUCCAUGAUCGACCGCCCAGCGCCUCGAUUCACACGUUCUGCAAGCAAGAGGCUGUCACGUAACUUGGACGGAGCUGGAGAUGAGACUCUCCAGUUUCUGCAGCAACUCUCUGAAUCAUGCAGAUCUGAGACUGAUGAUAGGUCAUUCUCUGGCCAGCCUUCUGUGGAAUUUCCAGCCAGAGGGGAGUCUGAGCAGACUGUGACCUGGCAGGGCACCAUAGAUGGUGGCUCUCAAAUUAUCAGUGAACAGCAACAGCAGUACCUAAAGGAAGGCGAGUGGUCUGACCUUCUGUAUCGUCAACCUGCUGUAGCCACUGUGGAGACUUUUGAUUUUGUGGAACACCAAGCCAAACCCAGCUCUGGAUACUCCUCCUCUCCGGACCCGCUACAUAAACCUGCACCAUACCAGCAGGAUGACUGGUUCCUAUACUUUGGUCGGUUCUUAUCUGAGUCUGAAGAAAAUAUUUUGUCCUCUCGUAAAAUCCAGUCCCAGAUCCGUUUGGAGGAGCUUGUCACAUCAGUGGUCAAACAAGAAGAGACUACCGAGCAAGUCAUUGAGAGACUGCAGAAGUCUGUGGCCUUAAUAGACACGUUGACAGAGAUCGAAGAUCUGGAAGGGAAACUGAGAAAAGUGAGGGACUUGGAGGAAAGACUACAGGAAGCGGGUGAGGUGUCAGAGAGGAUUCAGAGGAUCAUCGAAGAGCAACUGGGGCAAGAAGAGGUUGAAAGGUUAAGAGCAGAAGAGGGGGAUUUGGAUCAGGUGGUUUUACAGAGAUUUAUGAAGACGAUUGAGACAGAUGAGGAUGAAGUGGAUGAACUAGAAGAACAAAUUAAAGCUGUGUUUUUAAAAGGCUUGGUGCCUGAAGAGGAAAACGAGCUGAAUCAGUUAGAUGGGAGUCUGAGGACUAAGGUACGAGAGAUACAGAAGGAAUGGCAGGAAGACGUACAGCAAAAGUUUGAGUCUUCAGAUGUUUCUGGGGCCACUUCUGUUGUGAUUAUGCAGAAGGUUGAGCACAGGGACGGGAAGAGGGUGAUGAUUGUGGAUGAGAGCGGGAAGUCAAAUGGGAUGUUAGAAAAACAGACCGAGAGAGAGGUCACAGAGAGGCUUCAUUUUGGAAAUCCUGUUGAGGAAGAAAAUGAGGAUGAAUGGUACCUGCUUUUUUACCGCCCUCCAGUUUUCAGCCCAUCAGAUGAGAGCACAUAUUUAAGAUCAGUGGUGAAGAGACAGGUAGGAGAAGAGGAAAUUCAGGAACAACCAUGGAUCCUGCAACAACCAGCACUCGUGGAAAGGGUGGAUGACUGGUUUGUGUUGCUGGCGGGGCCUCCAACAGAAACCAAAUAUGUAGAACCAGUAGCAAUGAAGGAAGUCCAGAUGGAUGAAGGGCAGUUUGUCUCAGUGGUUGAAGUUUCAGAAGAUUACAAGGCGGAAAUUGAAGAGAGACAGAUGAUACAAGAAACGCAAAGAGAAACCUGGAUAGAACCAGUAAUGAUAAAUGAAGCCCAGAUGGAUGAAGGGCAGUUUGUCCCUGUGGCUGAAGUUUCAGAAGAUUACAAAGUAGUAGUUGAAGAGACACAGAUUACCCAAGAGGCUCUGAGAUGUCUUAAAGAAAUCCAGUCAGUGACUGAGAGGGACGAUGACUGGUUUGUGUUGCUGGACGUUCCUUCUAGACAAACUACAUAUAUAAAACCAGUGAGUCUACCAGGAGGUGUCUCCAAAUCCCAGAUUGAACGUGUCCCAGCUGUUGAUCAGGGAGACAAAAGAGUUGAGAUUUUUGUAGAGGAUACUGAAAGAAAACAAAUACCAAGGCAAGCAGAAGAUGACUGGUUCAGUCUGCUUGAUCUUCCUGACAGGGGAACAUCACUUCUACAGCCAGCAUCAAUGCCCGAAUAUGUUCAGAUUCUUCCCAAAGAAAAGAAGGCAACUGUGACCGUCUCAGAGGCAGUAGAGAGGACAAGGGAGGUUGUAGUUGUAGUCAAGGAGACUGUGACUCAGAAACGUGACAAGACACCUCCAGAGCAGAUAACGUUGUAUCCAGUGAGCAACCGAGAUGAUGAUUGGUAUCUGCUGCUGGACAUACCGUCCAAAGUAGAGUCUUAUAUUCCUCCAGUUUCUGUGCCAGAACCAGCUAAAAUCAGUCCAGUUGUUCCAAUUGAAGCAAAACGUGUAGAGCAAAGGUUAUAUCCAAUUAGUCCACAGCCUUUCCAGCCUCUUCCGGAGACAGAUGACUGGCUCAUGCUGUUUGACAUUGUUGGUGACAAGCCAGUUAUCGUACCCACAGCUGCCCCGGCUGAGGCUGUUCAAAAGAUGGAAAAGACGUUUGAAGUCGAGGCAAAAACCACAGAGAUUGCAGCGCACAAGGAAGUAAAAACCACAGAGAUUAGAACAUACGAAGAAGUGAUAAUUAGUGCGACCAGCGGGCAAGAGGGUACUCGUUCUCCUAAAAUUAGGCCAAGCCAGCCCCCACCUCUGUCAAACAUGGAAGAUGAUGAUUGGGUUGUCUUGCUUGACAUUACUCAAGAAAAACCCAUACCCGAUGCACCAGUUGCUGAGGUUCAGAGGGUUGUUAAGACACCUGUACCCAGUGAACCAAAACCAAAGUUCGUCAAGGAGGAUCAGAGGCCACCUGCUGUGACUGUGAUUAACCUGCCACAACCAACAUAUGAGGGUGAUGAUUGGUUUGAGCUGCUAGAUGUGGCACCAAAAGUAUCAGUGGCUGUGGAACAAUCUGACUUCCCUGUUCCUGAAGCGAGAACAGCCAAAACGUUUGUAGCCACAGAGAAAAGAUCACAGCAGAGGGUUACUAUUGUGGAUGAGACUUGGCAGAAGAAAGAAGUAGUGAAGGAACGUCAGCCCCAAAUAGAAGUGGAAGACGAUUGGUUUGUUCUCCUGUAUCCAGACCUAAAAACAUCAGUUGCUGCCCCUGAAAGCCUCAGGGUCCGAUCAGAGGUCAGAGUUCCAUCUGCUGUGGCCACAAAAAGGGUUGAAAUUUCUGAGAAGGAGCCACAGUUUGAAAUGCGGAUCCUGGAAGAAAGACGUCCAGUCAUACACACAGAUGUCACUGAUGACUGGUUUGUUCUGCUAGAUUUUGAUGCCAAAGAGUCAGUUGUGAGCACGCAGAGGGGCACACGUCCCGUCAGUGCUCCAGUCUUCUCUCAGGCCGCGCUGGCAGAUGCAGGAAUCCCCAUGGCUCCCUUCGACCAGCCCCAGACCUCCACUCCCAUAAAGACCAGCCGCCUGGAAGAGAGGAAGCUGGAAGUCACGGUAGAAGCUGCAGAGCCCUCAAAAAUAGAGGCCGUGUCUGAGGUCAAGUCAGCAGUGUCGAGGGAGCAGAGAGACGUAGAUUCUUCACUGAUAUCCACCAUCAAUGGGUACAUCCAGCACGAGUCUGAGAGCGAGAGGACGAUCGAGGAAGGGGUGCAAAUGCGAAAGAAAAGAGCUAAGAAAAUUGAGGGUGACUCAAUUUAUAUCAGACAUAGCCUGUUAAUGCUGGAGGAGUUCGAAAAGCCUCAGGAGGACCUGCUCAGGCACCACGCCAGCAUCAGUGAACUGAAGCGGAACUUCAUGGAGGCCGUGCCGGAGCCGAGGCAGAGUGAAUGGGACAAGCGUCUGUCCACGCACUCUCCAUUCCGUACCGUAGGCAUCAAUGGCCAGCCGCUGCCCAGUGCAGAUGGGAGUGUGUGCAUUAGUCCCAGUUGCAAAAGAUCAGAAACAAAAACUCUUCAUGAGGAUGCCAGGAGUAAUUUCGGGGGUGCCGAGGCAUCUGGGUCCUCUCAGAGCCGUCAGAGUGAACCUGACGUUGUCGAAGGCCUCAGCGCUCCUGUUGAAGAGUCAUUGUGCGAUCACGAGGAGGUUGUGCUUUUUGAGACUCUCCUGGUGCCGCUCGUAGAGGUGGAAAUGGCGCAACUGGCUCCCCCAGUUGAGUCCGUCUGUAAAGCUUUAGAUAAGAUCCCGGAGGAAGAAGGAACAUGUCUCGUAGCGCCCGAGUGCUCCGGGGGAAUAGUUGGACUUUCCUCACCUUCCUUUUUCUGGAGUGACGGUCCGAAGGUCAUGCGCUGCUCCCAGCCCCCUCUGGUGCAGACCCACACUGUCACCAUCACAGCUGUUUCCAACUCCCUGCCUGGUGACAUCUCCACCACAGAAGUUCCCAUCGUCCCAACCAAGACCUUCACCUAUGAGUCUUCAAAGAUGACAGAUGACGGUACAGAUGAGGACAAGGAUAGCUCUUUUUCCACUUCCAAGACCGUUACCUCAGAGACGAGCAGCGGCACCACUGUCACCACCACCACCACCCAUAUCUCAAAGGUGGUAAAAAGUGGAUCCUCAGAGACCCGGAUGGAGAAGAGAAUUGUCAUAACGGCAGACUCUGAUGUUGACCAAGAAAAGGAGAAACAUGGCGGAGCAUCAGCAUUGUAACAGAGCCCUUCCCUUAUCCAUUUAACUCGCCACCUUCAACAUCCUUUAGACCGCGACACUCAACACACACAGUGACCAAGUCUGUUCGCGCACAACAGAAAAACCUCAGAAAUCUUCAUCUGGCAGGACUGAUUAUGGAGUAGGCUGUUCCUUGUAGAUCCUGUUUGUUUUCUCAGUUGAGCUCUUCACAGUAGGUAGGAAGUGCUGAUCAAAUGCUUCACUUAUCAUCCUGGGGUUUAGUGUGAACAUUUGAUUGGUUUAUAACCAGCCUUUUCUCAGUUGAGUGAUGUCUGUUAUGUUUGCUUUAAAAUGCUUUUAUUGUUUAAUAGUGGUUUUCUACAAAUGUAGUAGAGCGUCAGUUCAGAAACCAUGAUUAGCAGUGAUUCCCUUGGUGCUACUUGGGGAAAACGUUAAGACGACAUUCAAGUGAACUCUUAUUUUAUUUAUUUUUUUUUGUUUGUUUACUUGUCUAUUAAAUUCAGGAGAGAUUUUAUUAUUAUUAUUAUUAUUAUUUUAUUAUUAUUAUUAUUAUUAUUAUUGAAAUGACAUACCUCACAUUUAAAACGUGAACAAAUAUAUUCUGUGCUCAAAUUUGGACAGGUUUUUUUGGCUUUGUUCACUGCUCAGGUAC